AGGGCCGCGGAGGAAGCGGCGCGGGCGGGCUCCGGCGAGGGGCGGGGGCGCGGGCCCCUCGUGCCCGGCCCUGCGGUCGGGGCCGGCGCGUGAGGCUCCGGCCCCUGGGCCUGACGGCCGCGGCCUGUCCCACCCUGGCCUUGGGGCCGGCCGGCCUUCGCGCCCCGCCGGCCUCCUUGGGGGGGCCGAGGACCAGCCGGUCUGGCUAGGCCCCGCAGGUUCCGAGAGGGGGGCCACGUGAGCGCCGCCGCUCGCCUCCUCCCCCCUCCGGCGCUGGCGCUGCGCAGCGGAUUUUUUAAAAGGCCUCUGUGCCCCUCUGUCCCACUGGCCCCGAGUCCGCCUCCCCCCCCCCCCCCCCCCCCCCCGGGCAGCCCUAGACUUCUUGCCCGAGGUGAAGGGAUUUGGACUACUCCCCCCAGGUGCUUGAAAGAAGAGAAGGUCGGAGGAGGAGGAGGAGACUGGGGGGCUGCUGGUGGUGGUGACAGGGCUGCGAGAGAGAGGAGAGGAACGGGAGGAGGGGGCUGGGUGGGGGGGUGACAGGCAGAGAGGAGCCUGGUCAACAAGCCCGCAGCACUCUGCUAGGAGGCCGAGGCCGGCCCCUGCCGCCGACGCAGCCAGGGUGAGCAGACACACAUAGAUUGCUUUCCUGGGGGCUCUUUGUCAGCCACCAACCCAGAGCACACACACUGACACACACGUACACAAAGAUCUGAGCCAGGUUGUGGGAGGUAAGUGGGGGAAGGAGAAGGAGGGGCAGCAGUGUCUGCGGUGGGCUUUGGGGUGGACGGGAGGGGGGAUGGGCCCGAGGGGCUCUGGGGUGCUCGUGAGGGGAGCCCUUCCAGGGCUGUGUGCUUGUGCGCCGGUGGAGGGGACCCACGAUGACCUUCCCGUCCUCACCAAGACCUAAGAGGGAGCAGCCACCCCCAGCGAGAUCCUCCCUGUGCUGAUGAUUUUCAGGGACUUGUUGGCAACUCAGCGAGGGUUGCCAUAGCUUUUUUAUGUAGGGUGACCAGAACCGGUUGAAACUGGUUUGAGGCAGAUCAGCUCCUGAGCACAAUGCAGUCACUGAGCUACUACAGUGGGAUAGCAGCUUCCUCCCUUCAUGGCAGCCAAAAGCAGAGGAGCUUGCAGGAAGGGACCAUCCCAACACAGUAUGUGAAUGCACACUUAGACACCACACAGCACUGGUACGUGACUAAUGGAGCCCUAGAAGAGUCUGUGUAGAGAAGAUGGGGGAAAAUGUGCAGGUUUGCAAGGUCUGAGAUUACUUGGGCUUUUCCUGCCUUUUUCUUUUGCUUAAGGGAUGGACAAGGAGCUGAGAUUUAUGACCCUUAUUAAAGAAAAAAAUGUGCCUUGCUAGGGUGGGGACACUUGGUUUCUGCAGGCUCGCUCUCUCUCUCUCUCUCUCUCUCUCUCACUCUCUCUCUCUCUCCUCUAUAUUUUUAACAAAACAAAACCAAAAUGAACUGAUGGAUUUGUAAUAAUAGUUUGUUGCUGGAGAAUGCUACUUUGCAUGUUUUUUUCUCUUGCAGGGUAUGUUCUGUUUUGUGCUUUUCCUUUUAGAAGCUACUAAAGGGUUUUGGGGAUGCUUCUGACUAUUAUGAAGGCCAAAAGGCCUGUUGACUGGGGCUGCUUUUAACCCUUUCAUAUUUGCAGAGAAUGCAACCGUGUGACAGUAACUGAACAUUGGUCCAAAGUCUUUCCAAAAGGUCAAGGUUCACAAGUAAAACUCUCUGGGUCUUGACAAAGACAUAGACGUGUGUAUCCAGCCCCACAGUUGUGGUACAGAACAGUUCUGUCACCUCCACGUUUCCCCCUACAGCCUGGAUCUUAACGGUGGUUUCAGGCGAGUGGGUAGCAAAGGGGUGGGGAAGGAGCUGGGCGGUGUAGGAUCUCCCCGACGACUGAGAACUUGACUGUGAGGGCAGCGUGCCCAUGGACAGAGCACAAGGGUAGGGUCUCCAGGUUGAGGCUGGGGGACGUCUCUUUAGCCAGUAGGUAGAGGUAAUAGGAGUGGCCAAAAGCCCCGGAGCGGGGCAGCAACCUCCCAGUGAGGACCAGCUGGGAAAGGCCAGCUGUGCGGACCAGGCAGGGUCUGAAGGGGCAGGCGGACCGUGGGGAGGGGUCCUGCCUGUUGUCUUCGCAGCUGACUGUGGAAAGAAGGAGGUGUGGAGUAGGUACCAGGGGAAGGUUGGAAAACAGCCUCUGUCCCCUGGCAGGGUGGGAGUUAAGGAGAAGGAAAAGAGAGGGUGGUGGGGCAGAGUGACACAGAGGACGGCCUGGGGCACGAGGAGCGGGGAUUUGCUGCAGUCCUCUCUGGAGGUACCCUUGACAGCUGCAGAACCAUGUGGAAAACGCAAAGGAGCUUUUUACUGCAGAGCUUUCGUUUGACCUGUGAGUGCUUGGAGUUGGGGGGAGUGAUGCGAGGAGUAGGCCAAGAACUGCGAGUCAAGCUUCUGGAAGAGGCUGAGAAGCAGUUUGAACUUUCACAUCGGUGGUUUUUCAAGUCAGGAAUAUUAGAACAUCUGAUCAAAUUCAUGACCAUGGGGGAUAUGAAGACCCCAGACUUUGAUGACCUCCUGGCAGCAUUUGACAUCCCAGAUAUGGUCGAUCCCAAAGCAGCUAUUGAGUCUGGACACGACGACCAGGAAGGCCACAUCAAGCAGAACGCCCACGUGGACGACGACUCCCACACGCCGUCCUCCUCCGACGUCGGCGUCAGUGUUAUUGUGAAGAAUGUGCGGAACAUCGACUCCUCUGAGGGCGCAGAGAAGGACGGCCACAAUCCCACCGGCAACGGCCUGCACAACGGGUUUCUCUCGGCGUCCUCUCUGGACACUUACAGUAAAGAUGGAUCGAAGUCCUUGAAAGGAGACGUGCCUACCUCAGAGGUGACUUUAAAAGACUCCGCUUUCAGCCAGUUCAGCCCCAUCUCCAGUGCUGAAGAGUUUGACGACGAUGAGAAGAUAGAGGUGGACGACCCCCCGGACAAAGAGGACAUGCGCUCCGGUUUCAGAUCGAAUGUGUUGACAGGGUCAGUUCCCCAGCAGGACUAUGACAAACUGAAGGCACUCGGGGGAGAAGGCUUAAGCAAAACUGGCAUCUCUACGCCAGGCAACCUAGAGAAAAACAAAGUUGUCAAGAGAGAAACGGAAACAAAUUCUAUAAACCUGAGUGUUUAUGAACCUUUCAAAGUCAGAAAAAUGGAGGAUAAACUGAAGGAAAACUCUGAAAAGGUGCUUGAAAACAGGGUCCCCGAGGGCAAGCUGAGCUCGGAGAAGAAUGACGCCUCCCUUGGCGGUGUGGUGCCCUCGAGGACCAAGCCAUCCUCCAAGCUCUCUUCCUGCAUCGCUGCAAUUGCGGCUCUUAGUGCUAAAAAGGCCGCUUCGGACUCCUCUAAAGAACCAGUGACCAACUCCCGGGAGGCCUCUCCGUUACCAAAAGAAGUAAACGAUAGCCCUAGAGCCAUUGAAAAGUCUCCGGAAUCCCAGAGUCUCAUCGAUGGGACGAAAAAAGCAUCCCUUAAGCAGCCGGAUAGUCCCAGGAGCAUUUCCAGUGAGAACAGUAGCAAGGGAUCGCCAUCCUCUCCUGCAGGGUCAACACCAGCAAUUCCCAAAGUCCGCAUAAAAACCAUCAAGACGUCUUCUGGGGAAAUCAAGAGAACGGUGACGAGGGUGUUGCCUGAAGUCGAUCUCGAUGCUGGAAAAAAGCCUUCUGAGCAGACGGGGUCCAUGGUGGCGUCCGUGACGUCGCUGCUGUCGUCUCCGACCUCGGCCGCCGUCCUUUCCUCCCCGCCCAGGGCGCCUCUGCAAUCGGCGGUCGUUACCAACGCGGUGGCCCCCGCCGAGCUGACCCCCAAACAGGUCACCAUCAAGCCUGUGGCGACUGCCUUCCUCCCGGUGUCGGCCGUGAAGACGGCCGGGUCUCAAGUCAUUAAUUUGAAGCUCGCCAACAACACGACGGUCAAAGCCACGGUCAUAUCUGCUGCUUCCGUGCAGAGCGCCAGCAGUGCCAUCAUUAAAGCUGCCAACGCCAUCCAGCAGCAGACCGUCGUGGUGCCGGCCUCCAGCUUGGCCAAUGCCAAACUCGUGCCAAAGACUGUGCACCUUGCCAACCUUAACCUUCUGCCUCAGGGCGCCCAGGCCACCUCCGAGCUCCGCCAGGUGCUCACCAAACCUCAGCAGCAAAUAAAGCAGGCAAUAAUCAGUGCCGCGGCCUCACAGCCACCCAAGAAGGUGUCGCGGGUCCAGGUGGUGUCCUCCCUGCAGAGUUCUGUGGUGGAAGCUUUCAACAAGGUGCUGAGCAGCGUCAACCCAGUCCCAGUUUACAUCCCCAACCUUAGUCCUCCUGCGAACGCGGGCAUCACGUUACCGACCCGCGGCUACAAGUGCUUGGAGUGUGGGGACUCUUUCGCCCUUGAGAAGAGCCUGACCCAACACUACGACAGGCGCAGCGUGCGCAUCGAAGUAACGUGCAACCACUGCACCAAGAACCUCGUUUUUUACAACAAGUGCAGUCUCCUGUCCCAUGCCCGCGGGCACAAGGAGAAGGGAGUGGUGAUGCAGUGUUCACACUUGAUCUUGAAGCCAGUCCCAGCAGAUCAGAUGAUUGUUUCUCCAUCAAGCAAUACUCCUGCUUCAUCUUCCGCCCUCCCGAGCUCCUCGGGAGCCGGCACACACACUGUAACAAAAAUUCAGUCUGGCAUAACCGGGACAGUCAUAUCAGCCCCUUCCAGCACACCCAUCAUUCCAGCUAUGCCUCUGGAUGAAGACCCAUCCAAGCUCUGUAGGCAUAGUCUGAAAUGUUUGGAGUGUAAUGAAGUUUUCCAGGAUGAGACGUCGCUGGCCACUCAUUUCCAGCAGGCUGCAGAUACAAGUGGACAAAAGACUUGCACUGUCUGCCAGAUGCUGCUUCCUAACCAGUGCAGUUACGCAUCUCAUCAGAGAAUCCACCAGCACAAAUCUCCCUACACCUGCCCCGAGUGCGGGGCCAUCUGCAGGUCGGUGCACUUCCAGACCCACGUCACCAAGAACUGUCUGCACUACACGCGGAGAGUUGGUUUUCGAUGUGUGCAUUGCAAUGUUGUGUACUCUGAUGUGGCCGCACUGAAGUCUCACAUUCAAGGUUCUCACUGUGAAGUCUUCUACAAGUGUCCUAUUUGUCCAAUGGCGUUUAAGUCUGCCCCAAGUACACACUCUCAUGCCUACACGCAGCAUCCCGGCAUCAAGAUAGGAGAGCCAAAAAUAAUAUAUAAGUGUUCCAUGUGUGACACUGUAUUUACCCUGCAAACCCUGCUGUAUCGCCACUUUGACCAACACAUCGAAAACCAGAAGGUGUCUGUUUUCAAGUGUCCAGACUGUUCUCUCUUAUAUGCACAGAAGCAACUCAUGAUGGACCAUAUCAAGUCUAUGCAUGGAACAUUGAAAAGUAUUGAAGGGCCUCCAAACUUGGGUAUAAACUUGCCUUUGAGCAUUAAGCCCACAACUCAAAAUUCAGCAAAUCAAAACAAAGAGGACACCAGAUCCGUGAACGGGAAAGAGAAAUUGGAAAAGAAAUCCCCAUCACCCGUGAAAAAAUCUUUGGAACCCAAGAAAGUGGCCAGUCCUGGGUGGACGUGUUGGGAGUGUGACCGGUUAUUCACGCAAAGAGAUGUUUACAUUUCCCACGUGAGGAAGGAGCAUGGGAAGCAAAUGAAGAAGCACCCCUGCCGCCAGUGUGACAAGUCUUUUAGCUCAUCCCACAGCCUGUGCCGUCACAACCGGAUCAAGCACAAAGGCAUCAGGCACUGCCCAGACUCCAGGCGUACCUUCACGAAACGGUUAAUGCUGGAGAAACAUAUCCAACUCAUGCACGGAAUUAAGGAUCCUGACUUGAAAGAAAUGACAGAAGCCACCAAUGAGGAGGAAGCAGAAAUAAAAGAAGAUACCAAGGUUCCCAGUCCCAAGCGGAAGUUGGAAGAACCCGUUUUAGAGUUCAGACCUCCCCGAGGAGCCAUCACGCAGCCCCUGAAGAAGCUGAAGAUCAAUGUGUUCAAGGUGCACAAGUGCGCCGUGUGCGGCUUCACCACGGAGAACCUGCUGCAGUUCCACGAGCACAUUCCACAGCACAAGUCAGACGGCUCGUCCCACCAGUGCCGCGAGUGCGGCCUCUGCUACACGUCGCACGUCUCCCUGUCCCGGCACCUCUUCAUCGUCCACAAACUGAAGGAGCCGCAGCCAGCGGCCAAGCAGAACGGGGCCGGCGAGGAGAGCCAGCAGGAGAACAAGCCUGGCCCAGAGGACGCGCCGGCCGACGGCCCCGUGUCGGACAGAACGUGCAAAGUGUGUGCAAAGACGUUCGAGACGGAAGCUGCCUUAAACGCCCACAUGCGGACCCACGGCAUGGCCUUCAUCAAAUCCAAAAGAGUGAGCUCAGCGGAGAAAUAGCCGCGCACCCUUCCCGCCGAGAGUCCCGGUCCACAUUGGAAGCAAAGAGACAGUUUUCUUACAAAAAGUUGGCAGUUAUCAUAGAGUUAACAGUACUGUCUAGGCUGUUGCAAUAUAUUCUCCUUCCACUCCCUUCUCCGCCUCCUCCUGUAUAUCCUCCUCGAUUAAGUAUUAAAACAGUAUUUGAGUUGAAAAGAGUUUGUAUAUAUUUAAAUGAAUAACUUUUUAUACUCUUUGUUACAUGUUUAUAUCAGUAUUUAGUGGAAAAUGUUUUGAAGUUUUUUUUUUGUUUCGUUCUUGGUUUUUUUUUUUUUUUUAAUUUGAGUUAGAAUUUUUCUUUUUGUACUGUUUCUUUAAAACAGUUCUUAGUAUCAGGGGCAGUUCCUGAAUUCAAAUAAACCAUUUUGUAUGUCACAGAUUUGAAUGGGUUAACUAAUUACAGGCUACGAUAAUGCCUUUUUUAGUGUUUUUAAUUUUUAGAAUUCACUACAUAAAUCGUAGGUGAUUGUAGGUCUCAAAAACACUAGGGACUUUUAAGUGUCUUAGCACUAUCCUCAACGUGCCUGCUCCGCCAGGGGGUGCCGGCCCCGUCAGGACCGCAGCCCGGCGUGUGGCGUCUUCUCCAGGCCAAACUGUGUCGAAAGCAGCCUUGCAGGUCGCUUCUUUCUCAGUGGGGGGAUGAAAACUUGGGCCAGAGAUCCAGUAAGGAACGUGGAUUGAUUCCAUCUCAGAACGGGGAAGAAGGAUAUCCUAAAGGGAAGACACGGGGGUGCGGGGUGGCUGGGGGCCGCGGUGGCUUUCUGGGCCGAUUUGCAAGGCUGACUUCUAAAGAGCACAAGGAGAUACAGCAGCGAAAGGGCUGGACUACUGUCAAAGUUACAAAUACGUAGUUAGACCAACAGAUUUAUAUAGUCAAGCUUUUGUCAUGUAAUUUAUUAACUAUUGCAAAGACACAACUAAAAAUAUCAAGUAUUUCUCUGGCUCUUGACAGGAAAAAAAAAAAAUCACAAUUGACUUAACCCUUUGCUGUCUAAAGAGUUGGCGUUUCCUGUUCAGGGUGCUACUGCCAUACGUCCUGGUACUUAGACUUGGGAUGCACAACUUCCACCUUAUUGAUGCAGCAGCCGGCAUGUCGCAAUUGGCCGUUCGAGUCAGCACUGAGCCACCUGGGUUUAUUAGUUCAGCCAUUUAAAUAAGUAUCUUUAACAUCGGUAGUUCCGCUUUCUUAGUGCAGCCGAGGUACUCUUCUGUCCCUUCCAAACGUUUCUAGUUCUCUGGGAGAGUUAUACUUUUUGGUUUUGUGUUUUGUGUUUUCUUUUGCAUUUUAUAUCUUGUAUUUAUCCCUAAACAUGUUUUGUACUUUUUUUUUUUUAAGAGAAGAAAUUCUUUUGUGUAUAUAUAGAUAUAGUUGCAUGAUAUACUGUAGUCAACGUUCGGUUCCUCAGAAGGUCUUGCUGCUGUCAGGUGUCAUGCACUAACCAUAUCCAUCCUAACUGUAUUAAACACAUUUCAUAUGUAAAUAAACGUGGGACAUUUGGCCCUUGUGCUUC